AUGGCUCCUCCAGCAGUAUUAAAGAAAUCCGGUGUUAUUUACGGUAAAGAUGUCAAAGACUUGUUCGACUAUGCACAAGAAAAAGGAUUUGCUAUUCCAGCCAUCAAUGUUACCUCAUCAUCAACUGUUGUUGCUGCUUUAGAAGCUGCUAGAGACAACAAAGCUCCAAUCAUUUUGCAAACUUCUCAAGGUGGUGCUGCUUACUUUGCUGGUAAAGGUGUUGACAAUAAAAACCAAGAAGCUUCCAUUGCUGGUUCAAUUGCCGCUGCUCACUACAUCAGAGCUAUUGCUCCAAUUUAUGGUAUUCCAGUUGUCUUGCACACUGAUCACUGUGCCAAGAAAUUGUUGCCAUGGUUUGAUGGUAUGUUGAAGGCUGAUGAAGAGUUUUUUGCUGAACACGGUACUCCAUUGUUCUCAUCCCAUAUGUUGGAUCUUUCUGAAGAAGCUGAUGAAGAAAACAUUGGUACUUGUGCCGAGUAUUUUGAAAAGAUGGCCAAAAUGGGUCAAUGGUUAGAAAUGGAAAUUGGUAUCACUGGUGGUGAAGAGGAUGGUGUCAACAAUGAACACGUUCAAAAGGAAUCAUUGUACACUUUACCAGAAACUGUUUUCAAGGUUUAUGAAUCAUUAUCCAAAAUUUCACCAAACUUUUCCAUUGCCGCUGCUUUCGGUAACGUCCACGGUGUUUACAAGCCAGGUAAUGUUCAAUUGAAGCCAGAAAUCUUGGGUGAACAUCAAGAAUACGCCAAGAAGCAAAUUGGUACUGACAACAGACAUCCAUUGUACUUGGUCUUCCACGGUGGUUCUGGUUCUUCUCAACAAGAAUUUGAUACUGCUAUCAAGAAUGGUGUUGUCAAGGUCAACUUGGAUACCGAUUGUCAGUAUGCAUACUUAGAAGGUAUCAGGGAUUACAUCUUGAAGAAGCAAGAUUACUUGAAAACCCCAGUUGGUAACCCAGAAGGUGAAGACAAACCAAACAAGAAAUACUUUGACCCAAGAGUAUGGGUUAGAGAAGGUGAAAAGACCAUGGCCAAGAGAGUCACUGAGGCUUUGGAAAUUUUCCACACUAAGGAUCAAUUGUAA